AUGGAGCCCGACUGGAAGCCGCUCGAGUCCAGCCCCGACACCUUCACGCCCUUCGCCCGCACCCUCGGCAUGGCCCCCGCCCUCGCCUUCCAUGAUCUCUGCGCCCUCGAGCCCUGGGCCCUUGACAUGCUCCCCGCGCCCCCGCUCGCUGUGGUCCUGCUCUUCCCCUACACACAGGCCCACCUCCAGUUCGUGGAAGAGCAGGCCGUCACCCUGCCGCCUGCUCCACCAGGACUGUUUUACAUGAGACAGAACGUGAAGAACGCCUGCGGGACCAUCGCCAUCCUGCACGCGCUGUUCAACCUGGCCAGCAGUGGGGCCGAGGUCUUUGAACCCGGCAGCGUUCUGGCCACCCGCUUUGAAAAGUGGAAGGGACUGACCCCUGAGGAGAUCGGUUCGCAAUUCCGGGCGGACGAAGAACUCGAAAAACUGCACCGGGAAGCCGUCUGCGGAGGGAAGACCGAUGCGGAGGCGCCUGUGGACUCGCACUUCAUCGCGUUGGUUGAGGCAGGAGGGCAGCUAGUCGAGCUGGACGGGCGUAAGCAGCAGGCAGUGGCACACGGGCCGACAAGCACUGCCAAUUUCGGAGUGGACUGCCUGCGGGUGAUCCAAGAGUUCAUGGACCGGGAGAAGGGCUCCGUGCUGUUCGCGGUGCAGGCGCUGGUGCGGACUGGAUGA